UCUCGGCCAAAACAGAGGGAGCUAGCAAAGGAAGGCCAAAGAGAACACCAGCGACACCAGGCCCGAAGCAGUGGUGUCCAGGAUAGCGGACAGUGCCCCAUUUGUGCAGGCUCCUUCAGCAUUGUGAUGCUUUCCCAGCAUGCUGCCACUUGUGGAGAGACCUCCCCACCUCCCCAGGCCUCUCCCUCCUCAUCACCAUCUUCAUCACCGUCUGUACUAUGGCAACUAUGUCCUCUCCCUUUUCCCAGAUUUCAUUGUGUGGCAUUAACACCAGUUCCCAUGGUCUCCAGGCCUCAGCCUAAAUGGACCGAGAUUGUGAACAGAAAGCUGAAGUUCCCACCUCCGCUGCUGGGUGCCAUGGACCUGGUGUAGCAGCUGCUGGAGUUGUGGGUUGAGGCCACAGACGGCAGGCCAGGCGGGCCCCUGCAGAAUGUGGAGGAGGCUGAGGACUGCUCCUGGAGUGAGGCCCUCAAUCUGGCCAUCCGCCUGGGCCACAAGGCAAUCACUGGAGUGAUGUUGGCCAGUGUCAAGUUCGACUUCCGGCAGAUCCACAAGGCCCUGCUGGUGGCUGUGGACACAAACCAGCCGGCAGUGGUGCGUCGCCUCCUGGCCUGGCUGGAAUGGGAGAAGGGCCACAAGGUGGACACCAGGUCUUUCUCACUGGCCUUCUUUGACUCAUCAGUCGACGGCCCCCGCUUUGCCCCUGGUGUCACCCCCCUCACCCUGGCCUGCCAGAAGGACCUGUACGAGAUCACCCAGCUGCUCAUGGACCAGGGCCACAGCAUCGCCCGGCCCCACCCCGUCUCCUGAGCCUGCCUCGAGUGCAGCAACACAUGCUGCUACGAUCUGCUCCAGUUCUCCCUGUCCCGCAUCAACACCUGCUGUGGCAUUGCCAGCUGCGCCCACCUCUCAUUGGCCAGUGAGGACGCCAUGCUGGCUGCCUUCCAGCUCAGCUGCGAGCUCAGGCACCUUGCCCACAAGGAGCCUGAGUUUAAGCCCGAGUACAUUGCCCUGGAGUCGCUGAGCCAGGACUAUGGCUUUGAACUGCUGGGCAUGUGCCGGAACCAGAGCGAGGUCACUGCGGUGCUCAGUGACCUGGGAGAGGACAGCAAGACUGAGCCCGAGGCCGAGGGUCCGGACCAGGCCUUUGAGGAAAGCAUCCCCAACCUGGCGUGGCUGCGACUGGCCAUCACCUACAACCAGAAGUGGUUUGUAGCACCCCCCAUCUGCCAGCAGGUCCUGUCCUCCAUCUGGCGUGGGAACCUGGCUGGCUGGCGUGGGAGCACCACUAUCUGGAAGCUCUUUGUCUCCUUCCUCAUCUUCCUCACCAUGCCCUUCCUCUGCCUUGGCUUCUGGCUGGUGCCCAAGUCCCAGCUGGGCCGCCUGAUGAAGAUCCCGGUGCUGAAGUUCCUGCUGUACUCGGCCUCCUAUCUGUGGUUCCGCAUCUUCCUGCUGGGAGAGUCCCUGGUCAUGGAGAUGCAGCUGAGUACCUUCCGAGGCCGCAGCCAGAGUGUCUGGGAGACUUCACUACACGUGGUUUGGGUUGCAGGCUUCCUGUGGUUUGAGUGUAAGGAAGUGUGGAUCGAGGGCCUGUGCAGUUACCUCCUGGACUGAUGGAACAUCCUCGACAUGGCCGUCUUGUCCCUGUACCUGGCGGCCUUCGCACUCCUGGCCGGGCUGGCCCACAGGCACUGCCGGGAUGCCCCGGACGGGGCUGCCUGCCGCCACUUCACCUCGGCUGAGCGGAGCGAGCGGCGCACGGAGGACCACCAGUUCCUGGCUGAGGUGCUCUGCUUCACCUGCCUGGCCUACAUCCUGCCGGCCCACGAGUCGCUGGGCACCCUGCAGAUUUCCAUUGGCAGGAUGCUCGACGACAUGAUCCGGUUCAUGUUCAUCCUCACAAUUAUCCUGACCGCCUUCCUCUGCGGCCUCAAAAACGUCUAUGUGCCUUACCAGGAGACGGAGCGGCUGGGGAAUUUCAACGAGACCUUCCAGUUUCUGUUCUGGACCAUGUUUGGCAUGGAGGAGCACAGUGUGGUUGACAUGCCCCAGUUUCUGGUACCAGAAUUCGUGGGCCGGGCCCUCUACGGUAUCUUUACCAUCGUCAUAGAUGUGCUGUUCAACAUGCUCAUUGCCGUGAUCACCAACUCCUUCCAGAAGAUUGAGAUGCAUGAACUGAGGGACGCUGCUGACAUGGAGUGGAAGUUUGCUUGCUCCAAGCUCUACCUGUCCUACUUCCGAGAGGGCCUGGCCCUGCCCCUGCCCUUCAACAUCCUGCCCUCCCCCAAGGCUACCUUCUACCUUCUCAGGAGCAUUUUCCUCUUCAUGUGCUGUUGCUGCUCCUGCUGCAAAACCAAGAAGCCAGACUCUCCCCCAGUCCCCACCUUUGCCAAUCCUGGGGCAGGGGCAGGGCCUGGGGAGGAAGAGCAUGGAUCCUACUGGCUUCAUGUCAUCAAGGCUCUGGUACAGUGCUACACAGAGACUGCGUGGCGGGAGUUUGAGGAGACCCGUCAGAAAGACCUGGGCAACAGACUGACAGGGCUGACCAAGACAGUAUCUCGACUGCAAAGUGAGGUAGCUGGUGUGCAGCGAACUCUGGUGGAGGGAAGGCUGCGCCGGCCACCGGACAGUGCCAGCAUCCUCCGUCGCUCCAUCACCCGAGUGUGCAACAGCUUCCAGAACCUGGGCCCUCCCAUCCCUGAGACCCCAGAGCUGACAGUGCCAGGGAUUGUGGGGACCCAGGUAUCUUCAGAAACUGGGUUUCAGGACACAGGCAGGGCCAGGACUCCAGCAUCUGGAGAGUCUGGCCCCUCCUCCCCAGCUUAUGUGCUAGGACACAGGAAGCAAGAAUCAGAGGGUGCUGGGGACAUUCCCCAGGAGGAAGACCUGGUGACCAAGGAGGGGUCCUGAUGCAGUGGGAAGGUCCCGUCUUCUGUUGCUGAGUAGAACAGCCUAGAUGGGUGAGGGUGGGGCUCAGUAGGAGCCUGUGCUGCUUUCCUUGCUUCAGUAAAGCCUCUGUUCUGGAUGUCAGAUGCCUCCAGAGUGUGUGAGAAUCUGUCUCUUGAUGUUUUGAGAUCCCCAAGCCCCAAAUGAACCCUUGUGGAAGCAGGGCAGAGAGAAAUGGCUUGCUCUGGGGUCCCAGAUAUCUGGGGCUUAGGAUCCUACUUUGAGUCCCUUCAGAUGUUUGGUGGAAAGGGUUCUGGACUAGGAGGUAAGGGUCCUGGUUUCAGCACUACCUCUCUGACCUUCAGCAAGUUGCUUCCUUCCUUGGCUCUGCAUUCCUCAUCUGACAAAUGGCCUAGGAAGCCAUCUGUUCCCCUUCCUGCCUUCAGGGCUGUUGUGAGGAACCUCUGUCUAUUAAAGUGUCUG